AUGACGAAGCCGUGGGAACAGUACCGUGAGAUCAUCAUAGCGGAGUAUCGGGACAACAGGAAGCCACUCCAUGAGGUCAAGAAGCUCAUGGAGCAGCAGUACCGGUUCAAGGCGUCUACCCGGGCCUAUCGAUCGCGGUUCGACAAAUGGGGCAUCCAGAAGUAUUCUCGUCGCAGGCGUGGGAAUUCCAUGGGUGAGGACGGGGAAGGAGACGACACCCGAUAUCUUUCGCCUAAUCAAAGCCCAGAACUCGAAGACAACAGAUACCAAGCAAGCUCACCAGCCAUGACCCCAGGCGACCUGUACCACCCAGGAUCCAGCGCGACGACACAGUCGAACGAGUACAGAGACCCUUUCAUCAAGCCAGAACCCACAGUCCAGUACAGCCAAUACAGCAUGAUACCCAUCCAUCCGAGUGCCGAGGCAAAUACCCACCUGUCACCCAUCUCAUACAAUACAUAUGCGCAUCACCAGGCCAUUGGUUACCCAUCUGACCAGAUGUCCACCUAUCAUCACCGAGCCGGGAAUGCUCUAGUCUCGGCCCAAACCUCGCCAAAUCCCCAGAGCUACCAGGAGCCGUCUGCCGCCCACAUGACCUAUGGGUACUCAUUCGACUACUCCAGGCACUGA